CGGUAAUAUAAACAUUGAUAAUUUUAUCAAAGGAACAUAUUCAUCAUCAUUUGCGAUUAGUACGAUCAGUAAAAGAGAACCAUUUUUACAAUGGGUUUCUUUUGAAGAGUUUAAAGAUGUAAAGAAAAUUGGACAAGGUGGUUUCUGCCAAAUCUUUAAAGCUACCUGGAAUUUUUUGAAGGCAUCAGUGAUGACGGUAAAGUAA